AUGAACUCACAUUCGACGGCAUCUGUCGAGAUUCAAACAACUCAACAUCCGGUUCCGUUCAUUCCGCCUCCAGGUUAUUACUCGGAAGUAAUGGCUACGGACUCAUCUGCUAUGUAUCCCAUGUAUGGACUUCCUGGUUUACAAGCACCUCCACCAUAUCCACCACCACCUAGCUAUAGCCAAAUUCAAAACUUUCCCGAACUGCCUACGGUCAGCAACGCUCGGUUGGACAAUCGCACGCCGUCACGGAAUGGGAAGAAGUCCGAGAUUACACCGGUUGAAUAG